GUCGGACGUUACCUGAACAUUCACCUUCCUGAGUUAACAGCGCGGGGCAGCUCGUACCCGUACGGAGGUACAUGUCCAGAGUACCCCGUAUUCCGUACCCUCCACCGCCUCUGGUCCCCAGGGUCUUUCCGACUUGCCUUUAAACACUGCCCCUUCAGGAAUGCCCCUUGCUCCCAGCUUCCUUCCCCUUUUCCUUUCUGCUCAAAACCGAGGCCGAAACUGACCUCCAACCACCAAAAUUUGCGUCAUCCAAGCGCUUGCUACUCCGUACUUUGCCCAAGCCAACGCGGCACAUCCACUCCCGUCCUGUCCUCCCGUGCAAUAAACACAAGGUACCCCGCACCAACCCCGGAUCAGCUGAGGAGGAGCUCUGCCCUGUAGCUUCGUACCCUACGUACUCGACCGAAUACCUUCCAAUCUUAUCUUCCAGUUCUACCUGCCACCGUCGUCGUCAGCUAUGGAGAACCACGACAAGGCGAUUCUCGCCGCCUCGGCCAGGCACCCAAUCGUGCCGCUCCCGAAGGGCCAGUUCUACAACUAUGGCACAGCCGGCUUCCGCAUGAAGGCAGACCUGCUGGAGGGCAUCUCGUUCCGUGUCGGCUUGCUCGCGUCCCUCCGCAGCCGCAAGCUCAACGGCCAGGCCAUCGGUGUUAUGAUCACCGCCAGCCACAACCCGGCCGCCGACAACGGCGUCAAGAUCGUCGAUCCCAUGGGCGACAUGCUUGAGCAGGACUGGGAGCGUUAUGCCACCGCCCUGGUCAACGCCCCAAGCGACGACGAGCUCGUCGCUGUCUACAACAAGCUGGCUGCCGAGCUGAAGAUCGACCUCAUUGUCCCCGCCAAGGUCAUCUACGGUCGUGAUACGAGACCCUCGGGCCACACGCUCGUCACCGCCUUAGUCGCCGGCCUCGCGGCCACCGGCGCCGAGCAUGUCGACUACAAGCUGCUCACCACCCCUCAGCUCCACUAUCUCGUGCGUGCCACCAACAGUGAGGGCACUCCGCUGUCAUACGGCAAGGUCAGUGAGGUUGGGUACUACGAGAAGCUCGCCGAGGCCUUUGUUCGGGCCUUGAGGGGCAGGAGGAUCGACGGCACUCUUGUGGUGGACUGCGCCAAUGGUGUUGGGGGGCCGAAGCUCUCCGAGCUUCUCAAGUACAUCCCCAAGGACAAGGUCAACUUUGAUGUCAAGGUCGUCAACGACGACGUGCUCCGGCCCGAGGUGCUCAAUCUCGAGUGCGGAGCCGACUUCGUCAAGACGAAGCAGCGGGCCCCUCCGUCCCCUAAGCAGCAGCCUGGCAUCCGAUGCUGCUCAUUGGACGGCGAUGCUGACCGGCUGAUCUACUACUGGAUCGACCCGGAGAGCGGCUUCGUCAUGCUCGACGGCGACCGCAUCUCCUCGCUUGCCGCCUCUUUUAUCGGCGACCUCGUCGAGAGUGCCGGCCUCAAGAACGACCUCCGCAUCGGCGUCGUCCAAACCGCUUAUGCAAACGGCGCCAGCACAACCUACAUCACCCAGCACCUGAGGCUUCCCGUCAUCUGCACGCCGACCGGCGUCAAGCACCUCCACCAUGUCGCCCAGGGAUUCGACAUUGGAGUGUACUUCGAGGCGAACGGCCACGGCACCGUGCUCUUCUCUCCGGACGCCCUCAGCGCCUUCCGGAACGCCGAGCCGCAGUCGCCCGCACAAAAGGACGCGCUCGACACGCUGGCCGCCCUGGGCGACCUGAUCAACCAGACGGUCGGCGACGCCAUCUCGGACAUGCUCUUGGUCGAGGUGAUCCUGGCGCACAAGAACUGGACGCUGCGCGACUGGGCCAUGACGUACGCGGACCUGCCCAACCGGCUCGUGCGCGUCGAGGUCGGCGACAAGGACCGCUUCCGCACCACCGACGCCGAGCGGCGCCUGUUGCACCCGGCCGGCGCCCAGGACGAGAUCGACCAGGCGGUCAAGAAGUACAAGGACGCGCGCGCCUUCGCCCGCGCCAGCGGCACCGAGAACGCCUGCCGCGUCUACGCCGAGGCCGCCACCCGCUCCGAGGCCAACGAGCUCGCCGAGCGCGUCGCCCACAUCAUCGAGCGCUACGGGGCCCAGUAGUGCUGCCGGAACCGAGCCGCUUCCGCGUCGCCGCCGCCGCCCGACCGUCACCGCCCUCGUGAGCAGCCCCGGCAGCACAACCGCACGCGCAGCCGCACCAUUUCCUCCUCCGGACAUCCACGCUGGGGCUGCACCGUCG